AUGAGAUACCGCGGGCCAGUGUGGACUAAAACAGAAACAGAAGCGUUGCUAAAUAUUAUUAUAAAAAAUAAUCUGUUGGAAAAGUCAAGCACAAGUGGCCAGCUGAGUCACGCACUGGUGAAACCGCUGCUGAGCAAAGGAUUCGAGCGGACAGCGGUCCAGAUAAGACUUAAACUCCGCUCGCUGCGUCUGAGCUACCAGAAAUGCAAGAAAAAAAAUUGCACGCCACGUGCUAUGAAGGAGUGUCCUUACUACAGUUUGCUGGACAAAAUUUACGCGGGUGAGGACGCGAUGUUCGUCAAGCAAGAGCCGCACCACGUGGAGCCCUUCGAGGAGCCGCUCAGUAUAAAUGCAAUUACAAACAACACAAACAUUUGGAUCGACCAGGAGAUCCAAACUAUGCUCACGAUAAUCGAUGACAUGUGUCUCUCCAAUGAUUUGUCGCUAAAGGGGUUCGCAAACUCCGCGCUCAAGCUGAUUAGCAACGCGCUGGAGGUCUCGGGGAUCAAAAGGUCGGCCAACCAGGUCAAAGUGGCUCUGACGAAUCUCAAGAAGGCCUACAUAAAGAGCCGCGAGUCUCUGGAAGCGGGCAGCAUCGAGGCUCUUACCUGUCCCUUCUACGAGUACCUGGAGAAAUUCUGGGGCGGAGAGAAGCUCCACCGGGAGAAUACCAAAAAAUGCGAAGUCGAAAGACUGCCUUCGAUUGACGAUGCGAUUAAUGAUGUAAUUGUUGGGAAGGAAAUUCACAGUCGUCAUCACGGCUCUAAUGUUAUUGAUUUAAAAAAUGGGCUGGAGCACGAGGAAAAUAAUUUUGCUCUGGAUGAUAACAAUUUUAAUUUGGACGGGAAUAAUUACAGCUUGAAUGAUGAUAAUAAUUACACGCUGGAUCAUACCAGUUAUAAUGUUGAUAAUAAUUAUUUGUUGAGUGACAAUAAUUACCCUGUUGAGAGCAUUGAAAGUAUUGAUGAGGAGGAGGAGGAGGUGGAGGAUGAGGAGUACUUGACUGCUGAUGGAAGUUCUGCGAUUGUUGUUGACCUCUGCGAGGACGAAAUUGAUCAGGAUAAUGUUUAUAUUAAUGGGAUUGAGGAGCAUAUUAUUAUCUCGCUGAGCAACGCUAGUAAAUUAAUUGAGCCACUGGCUAGAGCUGGGUACACCAGAUCGACGCAGCAGAUUAUCAGCAAAAUAAAAAACAUGAGAACUGCUUACUUGAGAUGUAUUGCUCAAGGCUGCACGCCGGACGCCAUCAGGGAGUGUCCGUACUUUGAGUACCUUGAUAGGCUGUAUGAACAGCAUAAAAAAUAUCCGGAUGAUGAUGAUGCCUUGGCGCCGCCAGAGCCUGUUUCAAGGAGGAUUGACAGUGAUGAUACAAAUGGAUUUAUUAAUGAUAAAGAGUCUGAGUCUGGGGAUCAUAGUUACAAUUCAGCGCAUAUUGAUAAUGAUGAUGAUAAUGAUGCGGACAGGAAGUUCAAGAAACCUGGUCAGGAUGUUCUUUGGUCGCCGGUUGAGUCUAUUGUUGAAAAUGAUGUUAAUAUGAGAAUAGACGAUCAAUUCGAGUCUUCAGCAAUUGAGCAGACUGACGAAGUCUUAGACCAGGAACACGACCAGCAAGAGCAGCAAAAUUACCUGGACGACGGAAUAAUGGAGCAUGAAAACAUUGAAAUAAUGGACAACUGCGAGUUAAACUCGUCGAUAUUAACAGGGAUGGACUCUGAAGUAUCACUAGUGCAAUUUGUUAACAACAAGAUCGGAGAGAGCCGACCAACUGACGAUGUCCCGAAAAUUAUCUCCAAUAUUAAGAAAGAAGCAAUUAAUUCCGACGAAGAAGUUGAAGCGACCAAUGAUGUGAGUGAUUCUUUAAACCAAGAAAAAAUAGUUAACCCUGAUAUCAUUCUGGAGCACGAGUCCGGUAUUGUGUUAACCAAGGACGAGACAGCUAAUAUGAUAGGGAACUACAAUUCGAUGGAGUACAAACCGGUCCAGCAGAUGCGCAUCAAGACAGAAGUGGUGCAGAACAACGAAACUCCCUCACAAACGGAGCCCCAGGUCCGCGAAGGCUCGCUGACCGCUGCAUUCAUGCAGUCGGUGGUCCAGCAGAUUCUGAAGCACGAAGAGAAGCUCCAGGAGCAGCACCACAGGUGGAUGGAGCGACAAUUCGAGAUCCAAAGACAGCACGAUCGUAGCCAGCGGGAGCUGCUCUUAGCUGAGUUACGGGAAUUCCGGAAAACUAUUGCACACAAUAAUUCUAAUAAUAAUUUUUUAUCUGAUCAUUAA